CUAUUUUGACUGACAGCAACGAAAGCCAAUAAGGCUCCCAGCUCGCUGUACAGUCGCCCAAUUGCUCCGCUGCGUGGGAGGUUCCUGCCUCUGUGUAGCUCCCCGCAUUGUCGCGGGCGGGAGGGGAGCGGUAGAAGAGACUUGCCCCGGUCUUCCAACAGAGCUCGGUGCGAAGAGCCAGUGGCACCGUAUGGAAGAGAUGGAGGAAGAACUGAAGUGCCCGGUGUGCGGCUCCUUCUACAGGGAGCCCAUUAUCCUGCCCUGCUCCCACAGUCUGUGCCUGUCCUGUGCCCGGAACAUCCUUGUGCAGACCCCGGACUCAGAGUCCCCGCAGAGCCGGCGCGCCUCGGGGGUGUCCGAUUAUGACUACCUGGACCUGGAUAAGAUGAGUCUGUACAGCGAGGCGGAUAGCGGCUACGGGUCGUACGGGGGCUUCGCCAGCGCUCCCACCACUCCGUGCCAGAAAUCUCCCAACGGGGUGCGGGUGUUCCCCCCAGCCAUGCCCCCUCCCCAGCAGCCCCAUCACCACUCGUCUGCUGCACUGCUGCUUCCCAUGAUCGGCCCCCGCAACUCGUGCCUCACCUGCCCGCAGUGUCACCGCAGCCUCAUCCUGGACGAGAGGGGACUGCGGGGAUUUGCCAAAAACCGGGUGCUGGAAGGGGUGAUCGAGCGCUACCAGCAGAGCAAGGCGGCCGCCCUGAGGUGUCAGUUGUGCGAGAAGAGUCCCAAGGAGGCCACCGUCAUGUGCGAGCAGUGCGACGUCUUCUACUGUGAGCCCUGCCGCCUGCGCUGCCACCCGCCCCGGGGCCCCCUCGCUAAGCAUCGCCUGCUGCCCCCCGCGCAGGGCCGGGUCAGUAGGAGGCUGAGUCCCCGCAAGAUCUCCACCUGCACCGACCAUGAGCUGGAGAAUCACAGCAUGUACUGCGUGCAAUGUAAGAUGCCCGUGUGCUACCAGUGCCUGGAGGAGGGAAAGCACUCCAGCCAUGAGGUCAAGGCUCUGGGGGCCAUGUGGAAACUGCACAAGAGUCAACUUUCCCAGGCCCUGAAUGGAUUGUCAGAUAGGGCAAAGGAAGCCAAAGAAUUCCUUGUGCAGCUACGAAACAUGGUCCAGCAAAUCCAGGUACAUUUAUCAGCUGACAAAGACACAAAGCAGAAGGAGAACAGUGUGGAGUUCGAGGCCUGCCUUGUCGCUCAGUGUGAUGCUCUGAUUGAUGCUUUGAACAGAAGGAAAGUUCAGCUUCUCUCCCGUGUGAACAAGGAGCAUGAACACAAACUAAAGGUUGUGCGAGAUCAAAUUUCACACUGUACCGUGAAGCUACGGCAGACCACAGGGCUGAUGGAGUAUUGUCUGGAGGUGAUCAAAGAGAAUGACCCAAGUGGAUUCCUACAGAUUUCAGAUGCCCUUAUUCGGAGAGUUCACCUGACUGAGGAUCAGUGGGGGAAAGGAACACUCACGCCUAGAAUGAACACCGACUUUGAUCUGAAUCUGGACAGUGCACCACUCUUGCAGUCAAUCCAUCAACUUGACUUUGUUCAGAUGAAAGUUCCCUCUUUAGUCCCUGCACCACCACUCUUACAUCUGGAAGAAUGUUGUAACCACAACAACAGUGCCACUCUGUCAUGGAAACAACCAUCAAUGUCUAUGGUGCAAACAGAAGGAUACAUACUGGAGCUGGAUGAUGGAAAUGGAGGACAAUUCAGGGAGGUCUUUGUUGGGAAGGAGACAAUGUGCACAGUGGAUGGCCUUCAUUUCAAUAGCACAUACAGUGCACGAGUGAAAGCGUUCAACAAGACAGGAGUCAGCUUAUACAGCAAAACGCUGAUUCUGCAGACUUCUGAAGGUCCUUUUCGCAGAAUGUCAGCUACAAUUGCAGCUCGACUGCAAGUCAACUCCAUACCCAGUCCACUUGAAUUCCUUCAGCAUGCAGAACAGGAAUCUUGUGUCUCUCCAGGUCUCUUUUCUCGAAUGUCAGCUACAUUUGCAGGUGGAUUGCAAAUCGAUGCCAUGCCUAGUCCACUUGAAUUCCUUCAAAGCCCAGACCAGGAAUCUUUUGUCUCGCCAGUUGCCUGGUUUGCUUUCAAUCCUGGUUCUGCACAUCCAGACAUCAUUUUUUCCAACGACAACCUGACUGUGACGUGCAACAGCUAUGAUGACAGGGUGGUGCUGGGAAAAUCUGGGUUUUCUAAAGGGGUCCAUUACUGGGAACUCACAAUCGAUCGUUAUGAUAACCACCCGGACCCUGCCUUUGGCGUUGCCCGUGUUGAAGUGAUGAAAGAUGUCAUGCUGGGGAAGGAUGACAAAGCCUGGGCCAUGUACGUGGAUAAUAAUCGCAGCUGGUUCAUGCACAACAACUCACACACAAACAGAACUGAAGGAGGCAUCACAAAGGGAGCAACUGUUGGUGUCCUCCUAGAUUUCACCAGACGUACCUUGACCUUCUCCAUUAAUGAAGAACAGCAAGGGCCAGUUGCUUUUGAAAACAUGGAAGGCUUGUUCUUUCCUGCUGUGAGCCUGAAUAGGAAUGUGCAGGUAACAAUUCAUACAGGAUUGCCAGUUCCUGAAUUUUACACAUCCAGAGCAUCUUUGCAAGCCUGAACCAAGUUUCUGCCACUCAUCACAAUUAAAAGUAUACCCAGCAAGCAUUUCAUCAUAUCAACACUGGAAAGGAAAAGUACAGCCAAGACACUGGAACCAAGAAUACAUCCAAGCGUGUAGAAAGGGCAUGCUGCCAGUGUAGUCAUAGGAGGGCAGACACUUUGUCAUGUUCCAGACAUAAAUUUGUUAAUAUCCAUUUGUGAGAACAAACUGAUCUAGAAAAAUGAUUAAUCCUCUUGCUUGGGAGUUUCUUACAGAACUUCAACAAUGCAGAAGCUAAAGGUGUCAUCUGAAGUAUCAACUGAAAAUGAUCCACAUGCAUUUCUACAAAUUUUGCUUCAGGCGAUCUUUAUUUUUUACUGUCACUUUGUCAGGCUCUCAGAUUCAGGUCAUAAAUACAAUGGCUCCAAAACUAAAUGGGUGUGGUUUGUGCAUUUAAACCAACUUCUCAUAUCAAAGAAGUGAUGAUGGCAGAGCUGAAUUCCAAGAUCUCCUGCAGUGGCUUCAGCAUAUAAAUAAUAGACAUUGAUAAAAGGUUAUGUUAUGUAGAAUCCCAAUAUGUGAUACAGCCCAACUCCUAGAGGUUUCCACAGACAGAGGCCGGCCCCUGCAUACCUGCCAUAUGCUGGCAAGUGCUGUGCCUUCUGUCUGUCUGUCUGCACAUUUGCUUUGAUGUUUGAUGACCUCUGGAGUACUUUGGAUGGGUGAAUUGUUAAGUCAGUAAUUUUUUUCCAGCAUCAUUUUAUUUCUGUGUUUGGACUUCGUCAUGAAUGCCAUGGACCUUUUAGCUGCAACUCCCAAAACGAACGAAUACAAAUUGAUUAGGGCCACACUGAAUGACUUGAAAGACUCUUACGUUCCACAGCACAUUGCUGGUUUCUUUUUGGAUUGCCAUAAAGUGAUAUGGAUCAACUUCUAUAGCCACGGCCUUCCCCAUGAUUUACUGCAUUUAUGGACUGGAAGAUGAUGCCAAGCACCCGCUACGGUUUCUUCUUCCUCACCCAUUAAAUAAUCUGCUACAAAUACCAGAACUCUCUGUAUAAUAUAGAAAUUCAAGGAUACACUGUAAUACCUCUAUUUUAUUUGCACAAAUCCUUGAUUUUGAAAGAAGAAUCUUAAUGAGUUUAAGGUGCUUUGCACCAACACACCACACUUAUUUGUGCAGUUCUAUUACUGCUUGCAUGGGUUAAACAACAUGAAUGCUUCUUUUACACGCACAGGUAUUCAUUGCAGUUAAUGAAUGCACUCAUAACGCAUCUGGUUAUGCACAAAUUGUAUUAUGGCCGCAAGACAGACCUCAGUAAACACCUAAUAGGCUCAUUUAGAAACACAAUAUCAGUUAGAGGCAGAUACAAAGCCAGACUGCCAUCUCAUUGUUUUACCCACAAGGAGAAUAGGAAUCAUUAGUGUGAGAUUCAGUUUCUCAGAGGACUGAUUCGGAAGCUAAUGGGGCAAAACAUAAGUAUUACGCACUGUGCUAAGAAAUGGUACUUAUUCCCAUUUUAUUUACUCCCUGAUUGUCGCUUUUAUACAGGCAUAGAUUCAGUUUCCAGAAACUGCUGUAUUAUUGCCCAGGCAAACAAUGGCAUUAGUAGGGUUUUGCAAUAAGUCCUGCAGAGAAAUGGUCCUCUUCCUUAUAAUGGCACCAGGCAUAACUGUAAUGGCAAGCACUAUGUGUUCUACCGAAAAAUGCAAAAAAGCAACUAAAACUAAAUCCUUCUGAGCCAUAACAUUCUUCAGAGCAGCCCUCUUAAGCUUGAUGAUCUAGCACAAAUCACUGGCAUAAUUACUGACCCUGCAAUUAAUACUACACAUACUAUCAUGAAAUGUAUCUCUUUGUGUAUCUAACACUUUAUCAAACAGUAUUUAUGAGUUUAUAUUUGUAUCUUCAAAUUCAAGGAUAGAUAAACAUUGUGUCAGUUUCUUGGCCGAAUACCUUAAAGCUGAACAUCUGUCAAAAAAUGUAAACAAAAAAAUACAUAUAUAUCAUUGGUCUAUAUAUAUAGACCAAUGAUAAAGUUGAACUACUUGUGAAACAGCAGUUACCUGUAAAGGGCCAAAUACAAUGUAACCGGGUGGGCAGCAGUACAGUGCAGUGUCUUUUUUGGCAAUGGUUUGUAUACCCAAUGCCACCUUCUGCCAGUCAAAGGUAAACCUCAUAAGACAAAGAGAUCCUUACUAGUAUCAAAUCCUGCUUCAAGGGACCCUUACAGAUAGGAUGUCCAUCCUCGUCUAUAUUACUUUAAACCACCAGAGAUUUUAAUCCAUCUCUAUAUUUCUUAGGGAACACUGGUGAACAGCAGUCUUCUAGUUAUGCCACAUACUAUACUCUUGAUUGGCCUGUUAUAUUUUUUUGGGUUGGGUAGCUUGCCUUGUUUCUUCUAUUAUUCUUUCCCCCAUGUUUUCUUUGUCAUUUUGCAGUAGGGAAGCAGGUUGUCCUUGAUUAUUGUAGUUUCUCUAUAUCGUUUUUAUAUAGAUAAUAAGUUAUCCUAUAUUAAUGGGAUUCUGCCAGAAUGAUGCUUUGUGGAAUUCACUAAACCACUACAUUUAAAAAUAUGUUUUUAUUUUAAUUACAAACAAAAUAGAAGGUCCCAUGUUUUUUGUGAAAUAGCUUUUAUUUUUCAACUUAUGUAUAGUCCAUAAGCUCAGUAGUGCACCUUGGGAUACCUAUACUAUACUAUAUACUCCCCCUAUAGUUAUGCCACUGCUUGGGAUGUUCUUAACAAAUGCUUUUCGGCAGUGAUUACCUUAUUAGUUUGCAUUUAUUCUCUGUAAGUUCUCUAUUUGAUCUAGAUCUGAAGUGUUGAAUUGGAGACCAGAUCUGUCUCACAAGGCAUUUUUAUCGCUCUCUGUCUUCUCAAAGGCUUCAUAAAAAUCUUUGUACAACAUCAUCAUUUUCAUUUAAUUUUGGCACUCAGACAUAAAAUAUGGCAGCUGUCCAGCACUGAUCUAGGAAGGAAGGAAUUGUUUCCCUAGACUGGGUGUCACAUGAUAUUCAUUACUUAUAUAGAUCCAGUAUAUUCAGUCCUAGCAUUGGACUUUGAGAUAAAGGCCUGAAUUACUAAUUACUGAGUAUUUUCGCUAAAGUUUUCCAUCCAAGAAAUAGCUUAUUGUGAGCCCAAAUAUGCCUUCUGUAAAAUAGGCAUGGGACCUGUUAUCCAGAAUACUUGGGACCUGGGGUUUUCUGGAUAACAGAUGUUUCCAUAAUUUGGAUCUUCAUACUAGAAAAUCAUGUAAACAUUAAUUAAACCCAAGAGGCUGGUGCUGCUUCCAGUAAGGAUUAAUCAUAUCUUAGGAUCAAGUACAAGGUAAUGUUUUAUUAUUACAGAGAAAAUAGGAAAUCGUUUUUCAAAAUUUGGAUUAAUUGGAUAAAAUGGACUCUAUGGGAGAUGGCCAUUAUUUAAUUCGGAGCUUUCUGGAUAACAGAUCCCAUUAGGGUUGCCACAUAUUUUACCGACCUGGCUGGUAAAAACGAUGGCUGAUCCCAAUGUUAUUAAUAGGGAAAAAAUGAUGGUGGCAACCCUAGAUCCCAUACCUGUACUUGAUUCCAUACAUACAUAUGGGUGUGAGCUGACAUAUUCAGUGUUGUUUAAUAACUAGCAAUGCUGUUGCAUAUGAAAAAUCCCUAGAAGCAAACAGUAUGGCAGUUGAUCUAUUGAAAUGAUUGCUUUCAUACUUACCCGACUAGCAAGGUAAGUGUCUCACCAGGACAUUCAUCAGGGUUUUGUAGCCACAACUUUUCUCUGGAAUACAUUUAUUUUGGCUUUAUUUUCUCUAUACCCAUGUAAAUAUUUAAAAUCCUUUUCUUCAAUCCUUUAUUUCUCAGCUGUGGUGCAUUAUUUCAAUAUUUUGUAAGCCUUUGGUUUCAGUAUCAUAAUCCAGUGCGCUGGCCCACUACCAUUUAAAGUGCUCUCUCAUACUGGAAGGUGCUGCGCAAGUGCUGCCAUUUUUCAGAGGGUUGUGUCCCCACUGCAUGAUGGCACCAUGUUGUACCCUACAUGCUUGGUGCUUUCCAUACUGAAAGAAGCCCUUUUACUAUUGUGUUACUCUUUGCCAUUGUAACCAGCGAGAUUGGCAGAGGGACAUUCCCCAACCAUGUAAAUAGGUGAUUUUGCCAUUGGUGUUACAGAUGUAUGUAGAAAAGUUACCUUUGCUAAUUUAUUUUUAUUUUCACAGGUGCUAUUUUGUCCACUUACUCUAUAUCCAUUCUCUAAUCUUAGCUGCAGAAGAAAUCUGUUGCUGGACAACCCCAAUGUUGUUUAUUUUUCUGACGAGCCCCCAUGGCUGGCCCAGAGCGGGCUUACUCCUAACCUCAUGGCAAUCCCUUAACCCAUUCCGUGCCAGAAAGGCUCUCCAGUACAUGAACAGACAAGGUGUUAGGAGAUUCCUCUGGUGGUUUUUGAAUGAUGCUUUUCAUAUUUUAUGUGACUAGUAGUACAGAUUGCUUUGUGUAUUAGCUCCCUGCAGCUGCUGUACCGAAAGGAAUAAAUUAUGUUUGCUGUUCCAAUAAAUGAAUUGGGAAUUG